UUUUAUAAGUUCUGCGAACAAAACAGAUCAGUGAGCACUCACUCAGUGAUUCUUAAUUACAAUUGGCUUUUAUACAUAUUAAUUGAGGUACAAUUACAUGCAAACGUCGAGCGUCGAGCACCGCGGCGAGUAUCUGCGCAGAAAAUUAUUGCGCAUCUGAAUCUCUAGAUUCCAACUUCUUGACCAUUCUGACGCUAAUGGUAAGCUAAGAGAGGUUAUGUUGUGCAUUGCUGUUGUAAUACUGAAAAUUUAUAUUUAUUUACAUUAUAUAAUGUAAACGACAAUUAAGAUUCCAUUACUAGCAGUACAUACAUCCUAAUUAAUUCAGUGCAUUUCAGUAAAAUUAUAAAACAUGUUAUUGCGCAUGCUCGAUGCUUGAUGUUUUCAUGUUAUGAUACUUCGACUGUAUAUCAACAUUAUUAAUAUUAUCAACGAUUAUGUUAUCUUUCUUUUUUACGUCGCGCAUAUAUGUAUAUAUGUAAAUACAUAACUUGUGAAGGCAAUUUUUAUGCACGGGAAAUAAGAAAGUUAGCAGUUUAAUGCAUAGUAUACAAUGUCUAUGGUAUUGGGACUUAUAACCCCUCACUAGCACAGUGUUCAGACAAGAGUACAUAGCCAGUAACGCGCCGGCUUUCCCCGUGGACACGGAGAGAACGUUAAGCAGAUAAGGUCUACAGUGUGAUCGCGCCAGGGACAAUGCUAGCGAACGGGACUAUAAACGAGAAAUACGAGCUAUGGUGGUCUAUAUAUGCUUGGUGGUCGGCUUUGCUCACGUUGAAGAUGAUGUGGCUAACGUGGCAGACUGGGCAAAUCCGAUGGAAAAAACAGAUAAUUCACAGCGAGGAAGACAGAAUGUGGAUGAUGAAAGAAAAGGACAUAACUUUAUGUACAACUGGCGAUGGUCAUCCUGACGUAAUUCGCAUACGAAGUGCUCACCGACGUGAUGUCGAGACUGUAUGUACUUUUAUGAUUUUUGUGCCGCUCUGGUUGAGUGUCGAAACAUGCAAUUCUACAGUGAAGAUCUUAAUACCUGGUUUUGCAUUAAUCAAUAUAUUGUAUACUUUGAUUUAUCUGCAAAUUUUGCGAAUGUCUGUUAUUUGGAAAACCUCCUCAGCUGUAAUAUCGUAUUGCAUAUUGACUUAUAUAUGUACAAUUACUGCAGUUAGAAUGUCUAUUCCUAUCUUAGCUCUACUAAUUUAGUCAAGAAAAUAAAAAUGAAGAGAAUUGUGAAAUCUGUGUGCGAUGUUAAUCCAUUUAUUGUACUAUAAUCUUUGCAGAGAAAUAAACGCAUCUAAAUAAUCUAA